AUGGUAGACACAGAAAGCCCGAUUUGCCCCCUGUCCCCCCUCGAGGCUGAUGAUCUGGAGAGCCCAUUAUCCGAAGAAUUCCUGCAAGAAAUGGGAAACAUCCAAGAGAUUUCUCAAUCCAUUGGGGAGGACAGUUCCGGAAGCUUCAGCUUUACAGAAUACCAGUAUUUAGGAAGUGGCCCGGGAUCAGAUGGAUCUGUUAUUACAGACACCCUCUCACCAGCUUCGAGUCCCUCGUCGGUCACUUAUCCGGUGGCUCCAGGCAGUGCCGAUGAACCUUCCAGCGUAGCCCUGAACAUUGAAUGUAGAAUCUGUGGGGACAAAGCCUCAGGCUACCAUUACGGAGUUCACGCGUGUGAAGGCUGCAAGGGCUUCUUCCGGAGAACGAUCCGACUAAAGCUGGCGUAUGACAAAUGUGACCGUAGCUGCAAGAUCCAGAAAAAGAAUCGAAACAAGUGCCAAUACUGUCGUUUCCACAAGUGCCUUUCGGCUGGGAUGUCCCAUAACGCAAUUCGUUUUGGACGGAUGCCAAGGUCUGAAAAAGCAAAACUGAAAGCGGAAAUUCUCACAUGUGAACACGACCCAGAAGAUGCUGAAACAGCGGAUCUGAAAUCCCUCGCCAAGAGAAUUUACGAGGCCUACCUCAAGAACUUCAACAUGAACAAGGUCAAGGCCCGGGUCAUCCUGGCGGGGAAAGCCAACAACAACCCGCCCUUUGUCAUACAUGACAUGGAGACACUGUGCAUGGCCGAGAAGACUCUGGUGGCCAAGUUGGUGGCCAACGGCAUCCAGAACAAGGAAGCAGAAGUCCGCAUCUUCCACUGCUGCCAGUGCACGUCCGUGGAGACGGUCACGGAGCUCACGGAGUUCGCCAAGUCCAUCCCUGGCUUUGCAAACUUGGACUUGAACGACCAAGUCACUUUGCUGAAAUAUGGAGUUUAUGAGGCCAUAUUUGCGAUGCUGUCUUCUGUGAUGAAUAAAGACGGGAUGCUGGUGGCAUAUGGAAAUGGUUUUAUAACUCGUGAAUUCCUAAAGAGCCUAAGGAAACCGUUUUGUGAUAUCAUGGAACCUAAGUUUGACUUUGCGAUGAAGUUCAACGCGUUGGAGCUGGACGACAGUGAUAUUUCCCUUUUUGUGGCUGCUAUAAUUUGCUGUGGAGAUCGGCCGGGCCUUCUCAACGUGGGACACAUUGAAAAAAUGCAGGAGGGCAUCGUGCACGUGCUCAAACUUCACCUGCAGAGCAACCAUCCAGACAACAUCUUCCUCUUCCCAAAGCUCCUGCAAAAAAUGGCAGACCUCCGGCAGCUGGUCACCGAGCACGCGCAGCUCGUACAGGUCAUCAAGAAGACGGAGUCUGAUGCCGCCCUGCACCCGCUGCUGCAGGAAAUCUACCGGGACAUGUACUGA